UUUAACUUCCUCUCCCCGGUCUGGUGCCCGCCUGCCCGCCACCCUGGCGCACCUCUUGCCGGCUCCGGCCAUGUACAGCAUGCUGGAAACUGAGAUCAAGACGCCGCAGCCCACGCCGGGCAGCGCCGGGGGCAACCCCGCUCCGGGCAGCAACGGCAAAGGCGGUGGAGGCGGCGGGGCCGGCAACGGGGCGGGAGCCGGCUCGGACCAGGACCGGGUGAAGCGUCCCAUGAACGCCUUCAUGGUGUGGUCGCGGGGCCAGCGACGGAAGAUGGCCCAGGAGAACCCCAAGAUGCACAACUCGGAGAUCAGCAAGCGCCUCGGGGCCGACUGGAAGCUGCUGAGCGACGCCGAGAAGCGGCCCUUCAUCGACGAAGCCAAGCGGCUGCGGGCCGUGCACAUGAAGGAGUAUCCGGAUUACAAAUACCGGCCCCGAAGGAAGACCAAGACCUUGCUGAAGAAGGACAAAUACUCGCUGCCCGGCAAUCUGCUGGCCCCGGGGGGGGGCAACGCGGUGAGCAGCCCCGUCGGGGUGGGGCAGAGGAUUGACACUUACGCCCACAUGAACGGCUGGACCAACGGGGCUUACUCACUGAUGCAAGACCAGCUGGGCUACAGCCAGCACCCGGGCAUGAACAGCCCCCAGCUGCAGCAGAUGCACCGCUACGACAUGACGGGCCUGCAGUACAGCCCCAUGAUGUCCACGGCCCAGACCUACAUGAACGCCGCCUCCACCUACAGCAUGUCCCCCGCCGCCUACGGCCAGCAGCCCUCCACGGCCAUGAGCCUGGGCUCCAUGGGCUCGGUGGUGAAAUCCGAGCCCAGCUCGCCGCCUCCGGCCAUCACUUCCCACUCGCAGAGGGCCUGCCUGGGAGACCUGCGGGAUAUGAUCAGCAUGUACCUGCCCCCGGGGGGGGAUGCCACAGACCCUUCCGCCCUGCAGGGCAGCAGGUUACACAGCGUCCACCAGCACUACCAGAGUGCCGGGACUGGCGUGAAUGGUACCGUACCACUAACUCACAUAUAAACUUGGCUGCUCCGGACGGCUCCCCGUCUUAAUCCCUAACCCCACCACCGCUCCCUGACUCCACCGGGACGUGCGGCAGUGUUGCUCGGCUUAGCAGACUUAAUACUAACUUUGGAGAAAUUUUAAAAAGGAAAUCCGUUAGUUGUGUCCUUUUUUUUUUUUGUACAAGAAAAAAAGAAUUUGAGCAAGCUGUUAUUUUAAUAGAGCACAACUCCUGCCUCCUAGAAGCCGCCGUGAAGUUUUCAAACCACGGCAACUUCUUUCCUGGUUUCUGCUAGGUUGGGCACUGUUUUAUUCGCUUAAAAGUUUUUUAAAAGACCUUGCAUCUUCCAGUUUGAUUUCUAGUGUUGCAAUGACAAAAAAAAAAAAAAAAAAAACCGGCGGGCUUUUAUUUUUAAACUCGGUUGUUCACAUUAUCGUUGUGGUUUAAGUGUUUUGUUCUUCCCACCUUACCGAGCCUCGCUUGGUUUCUAUCCACAAUCUGUAGCUUUGACGACUUUUUAACUUUAGGGUUUUGUUCUUUAAAAAAGGGGGAGGUGGGAGAGAGCUGUGCGGGUCGCAAACGCAUUUCUUUUAUUUAUAGUAAGUUGUGUGUCUUGGUUUUUCUUAAGCUGUAAACUUAUGUAAAUUGGUUUGUGAAUUUUACUGUGAACCAUGUUUUGACAUAUCAGAUGAAGAAACGUUUUAGUUUUGUUUACCGGAUUUCUUCCAAAAAAAAAAAAAAAAAAAAAAGUCAUCGAAAUACUCCUUCCCUCUCCCUGUCCCUAGUCCUCGUUUGCUUCCUUCUUCCAGACGAAGAGAGAUCAAUAAAUUUUAUAUCGGGCACGUCGGCAGUCUCCGGGCGGUUUGUGCGGGGGCGGGCGCGCAGCCGGUCCCUCGGCGGCGGCGGGAGCCCGGAGCGGGGGCAGCGCCCUC